AACCUACUGUCAAUUAUAAGAAAAAAAAAAUAUAUAUUUUUACGAUUUUACUUUUCAACCUUUUUCUCCAAAAAGAAAAAUAUAACCAUUUCUCUCAUUUCAAUUAAAAUAUCAUCAUCAAAACAAAAUUCAACAUUAUAAUAAAUUAUUGAUUAAUUGAAAAUUCCAAAAAAGAAAAAUUAUGUAAACAUUCAAAGCUACAAAAAACCAAACAAAACAAAAAAUCUUCGAAAAAUUAGAACUUUUUUUUAUCUCCCAUCAAAUCGAAUCCAACAAGAAAGAAAAAAAAAACCACCAUGGACGACAAUUUAUGGUUAAUUGAAUUAGAAUCAGCCUUGCUGGACGAUUGCAAUGUAAAUGACAUUUAUGCCAUUUGCGGUGGCAAAGCCAUACCCGAGUCCUUGCGACCCGAUGUCUGGCAAGUUUGUCUCGACGUACGAAACAAAUCCGAUCAAAUGUCAUUAUUCAAUGAAAUCUACGAUUUACCAUUUCAAAAUAAACUCCGUGAAGACUGUAAUCGAAUGGUCGAACGUAUUGGCAAUGAUGACGAAGAUAAAGUCUCUGUCAUCUCCGAUUUGGAAUCCAUUUUAACUUUUUAUUGUAAAAAUAGAAAUUUACAAUAUGACAGUUCGAAUGGAUGGAUUGAAUUACUAUUACCAUUGUUAUCGUUGAAAUUAAAACGAUCCGAUACUUAUAAUUUAUUUGAAGCUAUUCGGGAUACAUACAUUCCGAAGGGUUGCAUUGCCAAAGGGAAUGUUUUUCAUGUAUUCCGUUUGCUAAUACAAUAUCACGAUCCGGAAUUAUGCUCAAUGUUGGACACAAAGAAAAUCUCUCCAGAUUUGUAUUCGAUGCAAUGGUUUCGAUGUUUAUUUGCUUCCACUUGUGGAUUGAAUGUUAUUCUAUCAAUGUGGGAUUUGUAUUUUCAACAUUCAGAUCCAUUUUUGGUAUUCUUUUUGAGUCUGAUUAUAUUGAUAAAUGGAAGGGAUCAAAUUUUGGGUAUGAAGAAUUCCUCUAAAGAAGAGAUUUUGAAAUUUCUCAGUAAUAUGCCGUGUGCAUUGGAAACUGAUGAUGUUGUUGAUUUUUGCUCAUUGGCUCAAUAUUAUGGAUCCAAGACUCCGUCGUCAUUUAAAACAGAUUUCCUUAAAGCUUUGUAUGGCAAUCAAAGUAGUGUUAAAGAGGAGCUUUGCAGUGUUUCACAAGCACUUUGUUUGCCAGUUUCUGUUUAUGAACUGGUGGAGAACUCUUCGAUAGAAUUGACUGCUCCGGAAGCAGUUAGAUUCUUUUUGGUUGACUGUCGACCAGCGGAGCAAUACAACGCUGGUCAUUUAUCGACUGCAUUUCAUUUGGAUUGUAAUUUGAUGUUGCAAGAACCGGUGGCAUUUUCCACUGCCGUCCAGGGAUUGUUGCGGGCACAACGACAGUCGAUUGAGGCGAAUUCAAAUGCUGGAGGGGAGCAUUUGUGUUUUAUGGGGAGUGGACGUUUAGAUGAGGAUCAGUAUACUCAUAUGGUGGUAGCUUCAUUUUUGCAAAAGAACACUCAAUUUGUGUCGCUUCUGUCUGGAGGUUAUAUAUCGAUCCAUGAGUAUUUUGGUGAACAUAUGGCUGAUUGUCUUGAAGAUCAUGAGCCGAGGAAAUGUAUUGUUUGUUUGAAAAAUUCCACUACACAGAUGAGUUCUGCACCUAAAGUUGCACGAUCGCAAGUUCCCGAAUCGAAGUCGACGGGUGAUUUGUUUAGUAAACUCUCAGCAGCAAUGAAAAUUAAAUCGGCUGAAGUUAAAGAGAAGUUGAUGGAUAUAAUUGUUAAUCCGAAUGCAGCAAAUGCACCAAAUAGCAAUGUGCAGAAUCAGAUUCCUGAUAAACAUGUAUCGCCGAGUGAAAAGAAUGGCAAGAGAUAUAGAAACGUUGCACCGGUAUUUAGUAUUGAUGAUGAGAAUGAUGAUCAAUUUACAGAAACUGAGCAACUUGAUUCACCGACUAAUUCGGCGGGAGGUGGUAGUAUCGGUGGAAAAGGAAAUUUAGGUCCAGAUGGGAAGGAAAUUGUCUCAAUAAAUCAGUACUUAAAAUCGCCAGAUAUCAUAAAUGCCUUCAAAUGCCAGGAAGUGCAUAUGAAUGGUUAUAUGUAUGAUAGUCAUUUAAUUAUAACCAGCUCCCAUUUGGUAGUUUUGAGAGAAUUAAAUCGUGGACAGGCGCAAGUUAUUGUACGUCGACCAUUAGCAAGCAUUGUUAAGAUUACAGCCAAGAAACGCCAUCGAGAUUUGAUUACGUUUAAAUAUGGUUUUCCGGAUGGAGAUGGAUUGCUUAUAACGGAUAUGGAUCGUUUUCUUAUACCGAAUGCAAGUGAGGCUACAGCAGUUGUAUCUAAACAUAUUGUUCAAACUCUAGAUGGAGCUAAACUGACGUAAUUGAUGGAUGGAAAUUGAUGUAGUUUUUUUUGUUUUAUCUAUUUUA